AUGGAGCCACCGGGCGAGGGCCGCAGCCGCGAACUCCCCGCCAUGUUUCGCCCGCCCGUCAACCGCGCCAUGCGGACCCUCGACCGAUCCUUCUUCCGCAAAACGGUGCCCAUCUCCGCCGCGCGCGUCUUCCAGCACUCCGAUAUCUCGCGCGUGCGCAAGGAACUGAGCAGCAGCAAGGAUCUGCUAGUUGUACAUCGACUCAAUUGCGUGCGCGACGUCAAGGAUCCGGAUGGACUGACGCGGAAGGCUCUUUUGUUGCGCGAGGAUCUGAAGCAUGAUGACAAGACAACGUGGUCUCCGACUAUUAGUGAGCUCGUGGAGAAGGGGACUGUGGGGCUGGGUCCUUACGAACUGACGCUCGAAUAUGAUUUCUGGAAUUAUGCCGAUAUUAUUGCUGCGAUACUGCCCGAAAACGAUAUGCAGGAAAUUCCCCAAGGAUUCACCCAAGUGGGCCACGUCUUGCAUUUGAACCUCCGAGAACAAUUCCACCCGUAUAAAUAUAUCAUCGCCGAGAUCCUCAAGGACAAAAAUGCCGCCAUCCGCACCGUCAUCAACAAGACCGAAGAUGUCGGCUCGCACAGCGAAUUCCGUACAUUCCCAUUCGAGCUGCUGGCCGGAGACAACGACCUGAAUGUCAUCCAGCAUGAGCAAGACUGUGAAUUCCGCUUUGACUACGCGCGUGUGUACUGGAACAGCCGCCUGGAGACGGAGCACCGCCGACUGGUUGACAAAUUCCAACCGGGCCAAAUGGUCUGCGACGUCAUGGCGGGCGUGGGACCCUUUGCAGUACCCGCCGGCCGCAAAAAGAUCUUUGUGUGGGCCAACGAUCUCAAUCCAUAUGGGUACGAAGUGAUGCAGGACGCGAUUCCGCGCAAUAAGGUUCAGGAAUUUGUCACGCCUUUCAACCAAGACGGCCGCGAGUUUAUUCGCUUUGCGGCAAGGGAGCUCCUGGAUGCCGAACCGGUCACCGCCACAAUCAAGCCCAAGGUUCGCCGGGACAGGAAACGAAAGGCCGACGGAAGCCAACAGGAGGAGCCACCACUUCCACCACCCGAGACGUAUACCCGCCCUUCUAUCGUCGACCACUACGUCAUGAACCUGCCCGCCACGGCCAUCGAGUUUGUGGAUGCUUUCCCUGGUCUCUACACCGGCAAGGAAGCGCUGUUCUCACCAAAUACGUCCCAGGAGCUGCCCAUGAUCCAUGUGUACUGCUUCUCUGGCCAUUCCGACAACGAGAUAGAUGACCACAUCGAUAUCUGUCAGCGUAUAUCUGAGCGUCUGGGCUAUACCAUCACUCCUGAGGACUGUGUCGGGGGAAGUGGAAACCAGGAACUGGAACUAGCCAUCCACAAUGUGCGACUUGUCAGCCCCAAGAAGCAGAUGUUCUGUGCCAGCUUCCGCCUGCCAAGAGAGGUGGCCUUCCGGGCGUAG